AUGGAUCUGAACGGCAAUGACGAGCAUAUUUGUACCUCUGAUACGGAAAGCGAAAGCUCGAGCGAAACUUCCAGUUGCAGCUCAAGUAACGACGACGAGUAUUCGCCGCAAGGGCAAAUUUUAGGUUUGCUGCCUUACCAGUUCGAACCUGUCGUUGACACUAUUCCAGAGUCGUCUGAAUCUGAUGAUGAUUACAGCAGUGAACAGAAGGAUGAAAGUAGAUUGGACAACUUGGAUUGGUACGUAAGGUUUAAUAUACGAAUAUUUUAAUGCUGUAAUAAAUAAAUACAAUUAAGUUCGAUUUUUAAAUAUAUCACUGUAUUCCUGUAUUGAAAUAUUAAUUUUCCUGCACAGGUGUCAAUGUGAACACUGUCAAAUCAUGGACAGAGUAGAAGAAUGUGUGUGCUGUCACGAAAUACCUGAGAUCAUGAACAAAAACGAAGAAGUUUUUGAAACAGAAAAGCUUAAGGAAAAACCGAAUUGUAUUACUGACAACCCAGGUUUCGCAGGAGGCUGUUUAAAUCGCUGGGCCCUUCAAAUUGCGUGGUAUCAUUAUAAGCAACAAUAUGGGACAUUGGCAACUGAUGGUCCUGAACACAAACGAAAUCGACAUGUUGCUUACAGACAAUUGACAAGAUGGUGUUGGGGAAUUUUAGGCAAAGAAAUCAGAGUGCCAUUACCAUCUUGUGCUGUAAGUUGCAUAAGGGCUCACUUUCCACCCCCUGGUUUGGAAGAAGAUUUUGAAUUUGAAGGUUUUCACUUUGCUGAUGAAUGA